AUGGAGUUUUUUCAGUUCCUGCAGCGUGACAAGGCCCAUGAGUCCCCAGUACCCACUUUCUGCCCAACUGCUGUCACGGUCCCAGCACACAUCAUCAUGCGUCACCAUCAGAGGAAUGAGCUCCACAAGCCUGAGGAAGACAAUCAGGACUCAAGGGAGAACGUCGACCUGGUGGUGGUGCAGCUGCUUGGGCCUGAGGAGAUAGAGGAGGAGGAGGCUAUAUCUCCCUCCUCCUCUGUCUCUUCCUCCCUCUCAGGACUAUUCCAAGACAGCCUGGAGGAGACAGCUGCUGUUGAGACAUCAAGUCCUCCCCACAGCCCUCAGGAUGCCUGCCUUCCCCCCUCUGCCAUGGCAGCCCCUCCAUGUAUCGAACCUGAAGAUGAGGGCUCCAGCAGCCAAGAUAAGGAGGAGGCAAGCAGCAGGGAGGGCUCUGAAGAGGCCAAGUCCUCUCUGCAAGGCACCCUACGUUUAAAGAAGGCUUGCCUGGUGGCAUUCCUGCUCCUCAAGUAUCGCACCUGGGAGCCGACCACAAAGGCAGAAAUGCUGAGUAGUGUCAUCAAAGAGCACCAGGACCACUUCCCUGAGAUCUUCAGCGCAGCCUCUGAGUGCAUGCAGCUGGUCUUUGGCAUUGAUGUGAAGGAAGUGGACCCCAGUGCCCACACCUAUGUCCUGGUCGCCACCUUGGGCCUCACCUAUGAUGGGAUGGUGGGCGAUGGGCACAGAUUUCCCAACACUGGCCUCCUGUUCGCAGUUCUAUGGGUGAUUGCCUCAGAGGGUGACUGUGCCCCUGAGGAGGAAGUUUGGAAAGCCCUGCAUGUAAGGUGCUUGCAUGAUGGGAAAGAGCAUUGGCUCUAUGGGACGCCUAGACAGCUCCUCACUAAUGUUUGGGUGCAGAAAAAGUACCUGGAGUACCGGCAUGUGCCCAACAGCAAUCCCACGCUCUAUGAGUUCCUGUGGGGCCCCAGGAUGAAGGUCCUCGAGUUUUUGCUCAGGGAUUGUACAAGGGAUCCAAGUUCUGGCCCAUCCCUGUUCGAAGAGGUUCUGAGUGAUGAGGAAGGGCAGGCCUGAGCCAAGAUUCAGUCAGGCACACUUCAGGCCCAUGUCUGA